GCGUUGGGAAUACGGUGCUAUGACUGCAAGAUUAAAAGUCCUGCUUCCUUGUGUGACAAGACCUUGUCCAACGAUACUAACGCCGUAAACUGCUCAGGCAUCUUCGACACCUGCGUGUCUACUGCUCUGACAAUCAAGUCCAAAGUAGGAAACCUCGAAAAAUCAGCCUAUAUGAUGACCUGUGGCCAAAAGGUGAGUAUUGCUCCGCUAAACCAACAUGACAAACUGACAAACGAGCAUCGUGCAUUGUGUAUUAAAGCAUGUUCACUAUUAGGGUUAGCUGGUUGAUGACAGCGGCGUCCUGAACUGAUUAAGGGCCUGUUUACAUCAAUCAAUCAAUCAAUAAACUUUAUUUACCCUCGAAUUUACAGUGUAGCACUGAAGUGCUAAUAUCUUCGAGCCCCACCUCCACAUGGAGGUGGGGGACCCCAGGUAAGUGAGGUGACUCGCUUUAUUUUAAUUUGAUCACGUUUUCAUGAUAGGUGGUGUCACCACAUAAGAGGUUAUAUGAACAGGCGGGUUACCCCACCUAAGCAGGUUACCUUACUUACCUUGGGUCCCCCACAUCCAUGAAAACAGGCUCUUAACUCGGCGCUGCCUAGCGUUUCGCGCCUCGGUUACGCUUGGUUGUGUUCCCGCACAUUGCUCCACUGACGAAGCUCUAGCUACCUUCGUACUCUGAUUGGGCUUGAUAGCUCAGUACAUAGCUUACACUGGCCCAGGAAGAUCUAACUCAGAGGUCGGUGGUUCGAAUCUCGUCGUGUCUAAAUAUUUUCUAUGAUCCUUGGUUUAUAUCGCUUUCCUUGCUGGCAUUUUAUUCAGAAAAAAUUCAACGUGCUACCGCCUUAUAAGCAUUUAAUUUUAUACUGCAUUAAUUCCCCUUGGCUGACUUACCCCCGGUACUGAUGAGAGCUCAUUUAGUUCUUGUGGUUCAGUCUUUAUUCUGACAAGGAUAACCAGCAAUUGAAUUAACGGGUCCCAAUAUUCAGUUAUUCCUUCUAUUCUCUUGCAGAGUAUCGGAUGUUCCAAAAUCGAAACCCAUAAUUGUGGUCGUGAAGGUUUCAGGAAGUUCAUCGACAAAAUCCCCGGAUUUGAAGUGACCAAGUGUGGCGUGGCAUGCUGUGAUUCGGCCAUGUGCAACAAAGCUGACAUAGUCAAACCCAAACCAAUCACCAAGAGCCUGGGUGUUAGCACAAGCGCCCGAUCCGUCUUUGUUGUCAGCGGAAUCAUUUUUAUUGUGGGAUUGAUUUUGUGAAUCAUUAGCAAUUUCUGCAAAGUUAAGUCUCUUUUAACUCGGCUUUUACUCGCGACUUAACUCAGUAAUAAGUCUGGAAUUUUAACAACGUGACACUUUUUUUUUCUUGUUCCGUUGCCUUAAUUUUGUGUAUUUCUAUUUGACUAAAUGAAAACGAAGUUGCUCACUAGCAGUGAACAGAUGAAAAGACUUGCUGUAGUUGUUUGAUCCUAUUUUGCCUGGGCAUUUAAUAUAAACAGCACCUCACACGAAGUGACUCUUUUGUCGGUACAUCAAUAAAAUACUUAAAGAAACAAGGUGUGUGGAGUAGGAACGAUGCAGGUUCCAGGCCCCAGCUAGGUAAAGAAUUCCUUGGAGGGAAAGGGAGCGGGGGUAUCCAUCCCAUAAUCCCUUGUGCACCUUAUUUUUCUUCGCUACACACGUUCAUUGGCGGGAGCAGAUAAACAUAGAGAUAGAACAACAUAUCAGUCAUUACCACAGGCUCAUUGCCAAUAAAAAGCAAUAGUAAGAAUGUAUGACAUUUUUAAACCAUAUUUAAUACUUGGAUACUAGACUUGAUCCACUCUUUAGUCAGUUUGAAAUGAUUUUUUAAUUUACCAGUCUUGUAUUCGACCACAGCCCUUUGGCAUUGUUUUGAGCGACUAUGAUUACCUCUCCUGUUCCUGCAAAAUCCGUUUCAAUCCUUUUUCACGCUGUUACUUUUUUGUUUCAGAAUAAUUUGUGUAUUACCUGUGGGAAGUAAACCAGGUUAAUUUAUUUGGCCCAUCGCAGCAUUUACAGAUGGUCAAGUGAGCCAAACAUAGCUCAUGAAAAGUAAAGUGUAGCCGGCUAAUUUACUCCCCGCAAAGGAAAUCUCCCGCCAGAAUGUUCCCUUCAAAAAUGAGCCCCACCCUUGUAUUGUGGAACUGGAAGUGGUAUAGUGAAUAUUAAUAUGACAGAAUCAAGUUACAGAUAUUGAGUGUGAUAUCACCUGUGUUUUAUUACAAAAUACUCACUGAAAUAAAUAAAUAAAAAAUCUCGUGCAGUGUCUUUUAGCAAAAACGCUCCCACUAAAUACAAAAUGAAACAUCACACUUUGCAUAGGAUUUAACCUGGUUUCGUUAUGCAUUGAGUGCGCCGCACAAAUUGUAAGUGGGUGACGUUUUAGAUACUAAGUUGCCGCGUGCAUCGCGCAUUUGAAAUCUAAGGGGCAAAAUUGAAAGGCGCGAAGUCAUUACAUAACAGGCUAAUCUUUUCUCUUCCCUAUCUGACGCGGGAAGUAAGAUCUAGGGAUUUUCGUUAUUUUAAAAAUCAAAUAUCAAGAGUCACGAUCAUGUCACGUUGAACUUUGUCCGGGAGCUUUUCACAUAUGUUUUCGGGUAUUUUCACAUAAAGUUGUGUUUCUUGGUCGAAAAUUGCACCGCGGCCUAUAUAACCAUACUCCAAUUCCAAAUAAGUCUUAAGGUCGUUCAUUCCGGUUACCUCAAGCCCCUCAAAACUGUAUUUUUUGAAGGGGAAAAAGAUGGAUUUUGGGAAGGCCUUCUUUCUGUAAUCGUAAAGGCCUGGAAUGUUCCAGUUAACACAAAAGCAAUCUGAAAAAUCUGGAUGUUGACUGAGAGUAAAAACGUCCAGGUGAACGAGAUCUCUGCUGAUUAAUUCAUCAUCUGGGACUCCGAACUGCAGCGAGAGAAGUUUUCUUGUUGCAAAAAAUUUUAUCCUCUUUGCUCCACAUCCAUUAAAUGGUAUUUCGGUUCCUUCAGCGUCAAACCAACUGCGACCCCGGUUUAUCUUUUGAUAUUCCAUAAUAAUAUCACCGUCUGUAAAGGCUUGACAGGAAUCUAUCUUCUUAACAACAUUGGCAAAGUCAGUCUCCAUAAUAGCAACGUCGAUAUCACCAUCGUGUUCAAUUAUUUUCCCGCCUUCUCGAUACACAGACAGUGCCGUGCCGCCGUAUACGUAGUAGUUUACGCUUAUGCUGUUCAAGUAGUCAAUGACCAGCUUCAUGAGAUAAACCCGAGCAGGUUUAAAUCUUUGGUUUUCUGCCAAUAUUUGUUGCCAGUUAUCUGCGCGACACCAUCCCCACAUGUCAAAACUAAGCCACUUAGGGUUUUUCUCAACUUGAAACAGUGAUUCAAGGCCAAAUUCAUCUGAGUCAUCACUGUCAGAAUCAGAAGAGUUAACUGGUUUCACUCCUGACAUGAUGUCAGCCAGUAUUUUUUUCUUAAAUAUAGAAAAAUAGUUUAAAAAUUAGUCUUCAAUUAAGAAAACUAAUCAACGGUAAUAUUUGAAAUCAAGGGUAAAUCGAUAAUGUUCUUAUGGCAGGGCUACUCAGGGUAAAGUUGAUAUCGAGCCCUGAGGCCCCCUAUUGCAUCACCAUGAGCCGAUAAAAGGGCUGCGGGGUAAUAGACCAUUUUACAGUUUUGGGCUUUGUAUCCCAGCCUUUAAGUGAAAGUGAGGCUUAAGUUGACUUUGUUUUUAUACAAACCUCACUUCUUUUCUAAUGAAGAUUAUGCUUAAAAAAUACUAGUUAGCAUAAGAACAACAUGAUUUACAUAAUUAAGCAGGAAGGUUUCAGCAUCAAAACAAGGUCAACUCCAGCCUUGUUUUCACUUGUAACUGUACAAUGGACUAUUGACUAAUUAAAAACUAAGGAAGGCUAGUUAUGAAUCCCUGUAUUCUGAGAUAACCAAAACGAGACUAACACAGUCAGACGGAGGACACUGAGCUUAACAAUUAAUUCUCACGUUUGGUGUUAACCAGGUCAAUAUUGAAGAAAAUUCAGCUAAUUAAAAAACUUAAACGAUUUACUAAGAGACAUGGAUUGCCAGACCCACUGUUCUGACAUCUAUGUAUUUCUUAGUAAUAACUACCUACACUGUACUGAUUUGUCAUGCCUGAAAUUAAAAUAUUACAGGGAUAUGUUUUUCAGGCUAGGGCUAAAAUAAGAAACAUGACUAAACUAAAAAACAAAUCAAUUAGACAACUGAUAAGAACCAAUUCACAAGCUCCAGGCAUUUUUUAUACGGAGAUCCCCAACACUGGAAGAGUUCCAAAAGAUUUCAGUGGCGUUGGAUUGCAAUUAAAUCUAUUAAGACACUUUCCUUUGGUACACAGACUGCAUGAUCUAAAAACUCUGAGGUCGCAAACUCCCAGCUACAAAACAACAGCAUUUAAAAGCUACCUAUUAAUACAAACUGAAAAGCACAGCAAUUGAUAAAAGGAGUUUUGUCACCAAUAAUACUUUUUACAAAACCUCCAUGGUUAAAAAGUUUUUAAAAUUUCUUCUGACCAGCUGUCAAAAAAAACAAAAAUUAACAGAUUUUCCACCUCAGCCACUUGAAAGAUAAUAUUAGAGAAAAAAAAAACCUGUGGUUAAUUCUGUGAGUGCAGCUAGUCCUUUACAGUUUUAAAACAAUAGCUACACUUGUCAAAGCUUUACUGAACUGACCCUGACUGGCUAUAUAGUGAAUUAUGUUUAGUAAUACUCAAAAUUGUGCUACUCCUCUAAAAAGCACCACUUGUAACUAAGGACCACAUUCUCACAGAAACAAUGUCGUGCUGGUCGACUUUUACUGUUUUUAUUACUGAAAUGGUGAGAAUGUUGCUGCUAGAUCUGGUAAGGGGAGUAAGAGACACAGACCUUCAAAAUGUCCUUUUAUAUAUGCUAUUGUUAUCCAACAUUUUUUAACAAAACAAGAAAAAUGAGUGGAGGAUUUUGUAGCAUUUGUUACAGUGAAACCCCAUUAACACGGACACUGAGGGGGCCAUCGAAACUGUCCAUAUUAAGUGGGUUGAAUUUAGGGAGGCUGUAAGGACUAGGGACAAGGAAAACUGUCUGUAACAAUGAGGUGUCUGUAUUAAGUGGGCGUCUGUAAAGCGGAGCUCAACUGUAUUGGCAAAAAGGAAAUUGUACAUACACUGUUCAAAGGAUUUUGUAGUAUUUGUUAUUUGCAAACAGGAAAUUGUACAGACAUUGAAGCAUUGCCCUCAAAUAAUAUUGAGUAGCACCAACAAGUCCAUGAGGAAAUCACAUAAUUUUAAUUUUCAGUGGGCAAAACCCUUCUACCAGAAUGAUUUCAAGCAUAUUGCAUUCUUUUUUACACUUUUUGAGGGCUAUAAAUGUGAUAAGUUAUACGAAAAACUUCAAAAGCUUUAACUUUCACUAAAUAAAAUCUAAUGCAUGGCGUUUUUACAAAUUUACCUGCGUUUUCUCAAUUCCUGUGAACUUUGAAAUCUAUUUUCUCCACCUCCCAUAUUAAGAAAUUGUCUUUGGUGUUAUUACAGAUAACUAAUUCCAUCUAUAGCCCUUGAAAAGUGUAAAAAAGAAUGCGAUAUGGCCUAAAAUAUUGUGAUGCAAGGUUUGUUUUCCACUGAAAAUUAAAAAGGCCCUCAAUUUCCUGGUGGAUUCCAUCUUUAUCUGUGGGGCUUUAUUGACAAAAUACAGUACUUGUUGUCUACCAGUUCAUACAUACAUGUAGAAGUGUAGUACAGACAAACUGGGGUUUCAAAAAAGUCAGUGAACAUUAAGAUCUUGAUUUCAAGUGAGCCAAAUACUGUAAUUAUUAUUGCUGAAAGGCAUGUACAUGUUGUGGUUCAAUUUUGUCCUUGGUUUAAUAUUUUUUUCUUUUGUUUUUGGGUAUGAUAACAAAUGAAGGUUGAAACCAAGGAAAAUGAAAAUGAAACCAAGCAUAAAAUUGAACUGCACCAUACACAUGAUGACAGAAAAAACAUCUUCAUUGCAGGGAAAGCCAUAACAAUGUCUUUAAUUAAUAUUAAGUGAAAAUGUCCUUCCUGUUUGAUGGAUUGUCGACAAGAUUUUGUAUUCUCUUGCAAUACCCUGCUUGAGGACCUUCCUUUCACCAUGAGAAUUUGAAAAAAAGUUUUAAUCUUUUAACAAUAGACCUUGUCACGUUUCUCGAUGCCAUCUUGACGAGUAGGUAAAUGCGUGAGAAAUUACAGUGUUUGUAUGAGAAUCUUAUGAAAAAAAUAUGAAUUGUUAACUAAAGCUUCACUCCUAAGGAUUCUACUGAAAAAAUUGAGGGUGUUACAUGCACCGGAAGACCUAGAACCACUUUUUAAAUUUCUAUACAUUCUAUACAUUUGUCAGCGAGAGAGUCCCGGGAAAAAUUACGGGCAAAUAGAUGAAAAAUCUAAAUCAAGCUUCUGGAGAAAUUUUAGCACAGGUAUGCCCCCAAAAUUUUUUCAGUACAAUCCUUUUCUUUGUAGCCUUAAGUUUACAAUUCAUAUGAUAUGAUACUGAGAAUAUCACUAUUUUGUGCAGUUUAUAAGCCGAUCACAUAAAAAAUUUCGAGCUCUGCGACACGCUACUGUAUCAUUUUUUGCAGUAACAGGCCCAGACAUUGUAAAACAGAUAGAAACUUUGAGCCACGUGCUUUCACAGGUACAGGUCGUUACAAGUUUAAUCAAUUUACUAUUUGGUCGAUACUUGGCUAACAAUGAUUUUCUUAUCAUCACUUAUAGCCUAUAAAACAGACGAUUUGCAAAUAUGGAUUUCUUUACCUUGGAAAACGAUGAGAAAUUAUCAGAAGUUCCCCGCUCCUGCAGUCGCCAUCUUGCUUUUUGAGACUUCAGGCUAGCUGGUCAGUUAGGUACUUCAUAUAUGAUAAACUAUUUUUACCCCACUCGCCCCAGGGCCUUCUGGUUAAUUUUUUUUAAAAAAGACGAAUCACGACGGUAUGUAAUUGUUUCGCCCGAAGUCACUUCGCUUAGAAAAAAACGGGAAUAAGCGCGAAGCCAGGCUAGGGACACCCCUUCCAAUGACAUACCACAAGCAAAAAACUCGACGACUGACGCAGCGAUCGCCAUGAUAUCUGUGGCAGACUUCGGUUUCAUCUUCAGGAACAAGUGUCGUUUUUCAUCGGCAUCGGCAUAGACCCCUUUACGGUUGCGAGGGCAUGCUGGGUAAUCAGGACAAGAUGGUGGAAACAUCAAAAUUUUGUAUGAGAAAAGGAAGUCAUUUAAUUCUUGCUAAUUGUUUAUAUUUGUCACUUUCCCUUUGAAAAACUAAUGAGCUUAAAGAAACUAUACACUAAAUCUGGAGUGCAUAACAGUCCUUUGUUGCUUUUUAGAAAACCUGAGUUCUUCCAUACAUUUUCUGUAAUCCGACAACACAAAAAAAUUUCUAAAAAGGACUGCUGUGCACUCCGCAUUUAGUGUAUUUGUCUUUAAGUUCAUAAAUAGAAAGUUACAAACAUAUUCAAACCGGAAGAAUUAGUUGACUUUGAAUUCCCAUAAAAACUUUUGAAUUCCCCGCCAUCUUGUCUUGAUUACCCAGCAUGCCCUCACAACCGUAAAGGGGUCUAUUUGUGAUCGUUAAGACACUGAUAAUAUCCGAUAAUAUCCACCAAGACUUUCGUACAUUAUGCUUUUGUUUCCCCACUAAAAUGCUAGUUCUUCCCCAAAAAGUCACUAAAAUACUCUGAUGAAAUCAAUUCUGUGCGUUUUAAGAGGUUCAAGGAUAACAAAAACAUAUGUUAAGUGAUCUGACAAUAACGUAUAAGUUAAUAGCUUUUUAUGUAGCAAACAAAGGUUCUUCUACACGGCUGUAUUAAGAAAAAUUUGAAUAACUUUUCUUUUUCUUUUUGAAUUUCGAGUUGAAGUCGCUCUUCUCUCAUAAAAAAAAAUGUUUCAAUUUUUUUUUGCAAUAAAAAAACAUAACUUUCCAGGAAAAUGCCACUAAAAUACUCAAAUGAUGCUUAAUACUUUUGCCUUACUGAUGAUGCUCGCAAAAGUGUUGGCAUAAUGUACAAAAUUAAAAACUACUCCCAUCAACGCUCUCUCAUGGCGGGGUGAAGGCAUUGCCCUUAGGGACGGACCGUUAGAAAACUUAUGUGGGGGGGAGGGGAGCGUUUGCGAAGUACAAAAAAAAAUAUUCGCGCAAGGGAAAAUUAAAUGAAAAAAAAUUCAUGCACGCCAAUUAACCCUAAAAAAUAUUCAUGCUACAGUCUAAAAAAAAUUCAUACAAGGAAUUUGAUAACGAAAAAAAAUUCCUGCGUCUCGAAAAUUCCCCCCCGCCCCAUAACUUUUAUAAUGGUCCGUCCCUUAAUAUAUCAUGAUUGGUUACUUGCGCAUGCAGUGGCGGGCCGCGGCCGCUUAACUUUGAUCGUGCCCAUCGGAUGGUUUACUAACGUGAGACAGUCUUCGCGCUGUGAUUAAUGGGAAGGAUUUAGUGAGUUCGCCGUGCAUGCGCUUCAGGGGAAGAAAAAACGAUAAACGCCUCCUUCCCAAACGCCUUUGCACGCGACAAUUUGCCUUCCAUAUUCCUUUGCGAGAAUGAAUAAGUGACGACUGGGUACGAGUCUGAACGUGAGACAUACAGCGGCUGGCCUCGGCAAUCAUCAGCAGUUUUUACGUUAAUUUUUAAUACAAUGAUCCACCGUUACCACCGCAAAAAUGUGAUGGUCUUUAAAUUACAGUAACCUUGGUGUGGCCAUUGGAGGGAAUUCUUACAGGAAAUGUCCGUUUGUUCAAUGAAACGCAAGUGAUUGCAAUCAAAAAAUGUAUACUGGGAGAUAAUUUAAUAAAAGGCGAAGGAAUAAAAAAAAUGAUGAAAAUCCGAAACCACACUUGCCUGGCUCGCUCUCUUUAAAGGGUAAGUUCUUACUUCCUUGUCUAGGAAAUUUUUCUCUGAUUUAAGGAUCGCAUCCGCGGACAAGCUGAAAGCCGCGGUUUGCAAGCUCUAUUAGCUAAUCUGUGAACCGUUUUCAUUUUUUGUCGAAAAAAAAAAAAACUGGAGAAGGUCGAGAAGGGCCUUUCCUAAGGUCAAAGGUCACUCUCCCAUUUAGUCUGACCUGCAGUGUCGAUUUCUUCAUGCUCAGUCCCCACAUUUGGGCUGCUUUUCUAGCACUAAUUCCUCCUUCUCUCCCACCUCUCAAUCCCUUUGAGACAUUUUUCAGACCGUUGCAACCCCAUUCUACCAGUCACAACUCGGGUGAUUUCUUCAUGCUCAGUCCCCACAUUUGGGCUGCUUUUCUAGCACUAAUUCCUCCUUCUCUCCCACCUCUCAAUCCCUUUGAGACAUUUUUCAGACCGUUGCAACCCCAUUCUACCAGUCACAACUCGGGGAUUUGUAUGAGAAUUCCCGGUUUAACUUCGACGCUUCCGGUUGUAUACAGAAAAUGUAGUCACGCGAAACAAGCCGUGCAUACGAAAUCAAUAUGUCUCUGAAUGAGUGAAGAAAAUUUUCCAUAAGGAGUUGAGUCAGAAUUACAUUACACUACACUAUGUUAUAUAUCCCAAGCUUUAAUUAUAGUUACAGUUGUGAAAUAAAUCUUGUAUGGAUAAUGUACGCACCUAAUGCAUCGAUUCUGCACGGCAAAGAAAAAACUGGCCGGAUAGUGGUCACCUAACAUCAAUACUUAGUGAAUGUUUCUGACAACCUGAUCAUGACUUCUUUUAAGUAUCUUCACUUUAAAUAUAAACAGUUUCUUUGAAAAUAUCAAAUAUUACCAACCCUUAUUUGAACAGCACUAGUUUUACCGCGCAGUAAACAGCGUAAAAAAUAGCCAAGAAAAGUUUACUCACCUGAACAGAAUGGCGCCUUUUGCAACUGUGUCUCAAGUUGUAAACCCGCUCAAACUUGCAUUUUAAAUUUGAAAUGUUCAGCUUCCAUUCGAAGUACUCUUUUACCGAAAACUAAAAAGUGCGCUGCAAAAUUGAGUUUUUGUUUUAAGUGGCCGGAUACUGGUGCCGGCUGGAUACUGAGCAACAUACUGUAACGUAAUUUUUCUUUCAAUUUUCCUUGUACACACAACGAGGAGGAGGUCUAUUGGUUUUUCCCAACAAUUUUUGCAUUUAAAUUAGCUUAGGUCCACUUUUAAAUAUCCAUUGGAGGCUGUGCACCCAUUGAGUGCAAACGAUAUGAUACUUUUUCUCUUCAAUAAUGUCGCUGAUGUAGAUCCCUUUGUCUGCAAGAAACUUGGCCAUUUUAUUUUUCUGGCCUUCGAAAAACGUGAAGUAGAUCAUUAAACAUAGCUACAAUAUAGUUGGCAUUUUCCGUGCAAUUUUAGCCAUUAUUAUUAUUAUUUACAAUGAUAAAUGCUACUUUCUUUUUUUUUUUUUGCUUUACCUUGACAUAAUUAAUAUUGUAAUCGGCAACGCCAUCUACUCAUGGAAAUACCAAUAAAUGUUGUUGUUGUUGUUUUCAAUUCAUCCAUUCGUAUUUUACUGUCAGUAUUGAACCCGAGGGUUAAAUAAGAAUGAAGCAAAGAAAAAAAACUAAUAACUUAGAAGCUCCACAAAACGGCCAGUAAGUCAGUAAGUCCAUACAUAUAGCGCAUCUUCGAUCAGUUCUUGUUCCUUUCUUUCCUUCAUGCAGUUGUAACUUUUCGAACAACAAAGAAGUGGUUUUAUCAGCCAAAAAAAAUAAUAAGAAAAAAAUGCUACCAGAGAACAAAAAAUCACUAUGAUCUUUUCCCCCUACAUAAAGAAAUGAACUGACUGUACUUCCGAACAGAGAAACUGAUGAUGGUCCCACUAUGCUCAGUCAAGGCGCGUUAUGUUUGUUUGAAUUCCCAUGCAUCAGGUGCAUCCAACUCGUUAGGGGUAUAAUCAUUGGACUUAAAGCCUGGCUAUAUUAACUAGCUAUAGCGACACACUACGAGCCCAGGCAUAGGUACUGUAAAUUGACCAAGCUCAAGCAAAAAUCAAGAAUAUUUUGCAAUUAUAUUAUUUAGUCGUUUCUGACAGUAGUGACUUAGUGUUAAUGAUUGCACCUGAAACACUAAGACCAUUUCUCACACCUCUGCUUGCUUUUAUACUCGCGUAGCUUUAGCCUUGAGUAGCAUUUUGAAUCAAAUAUUGGAAGGACUUCAAAAAGCUUACUAAUACUAACUGAGGAGGGUCAGGCACAAAGAAAAGGACUGAAAAAUUACUUACAGAUGGUUGGAAGAGAUAUUUACAGAUAUAGUUAGUGGAAAAAAGUUAGACUAAAUGUGAUUUAUUACAGCAACUUUCUUUAAAUCUUGAGAUUAUAGAGGAUGAGUCAUCCUAGUCAUCCUCCAGCGACAAAUACUGAAGAUUUGUUGAUGAGUUGCCUGUCUGGAUAAUGAGCGAAUAGUUAGUCAUAAUGGUGUGUACUAGAGGCUAGAGUGUACGUAGUUAGAUAAUUAAACUAUCAAGCCUUGAAUCUAUUUUAACUUGUUCUUUGUAAUACUGUGUAAAUUUCUUUUUGUUUUAUUUUGACAUCCCCCCCCCCCCUCUCGACAAGUUAUCAGCUAUAACUGCAGGUUGCCAAAAUAUGUAGCCUGACUUAGAACUAAAAUUAUUGCUGUUCUUAUUGUUGCUGUCUUUGGAUGAUUACUGAAAUUCAGAAGUCUUUUAUCUCUAUUUAUUCUAUUUACUAUUUACUUCACCCCAACCCAGUUCCGUACCCGCAUUUUUGUUUGCUUUUCAACGCGUAUACUCGCCUUUUUUUCAGUAUUUAUCUUUUUGUACCGAUCUUUGAGAAAAGUAGCAAACGCCACAGGCGAAACUAAACCCGGCUACUAGCCGGGCGUGGUUUGAUGACGUUUGUGACGCAGGCUAGAACAGAGCAACGUGUAAACGCUCUUGGACUCGUUGCCCAGGGAGUAUAGUACAUCGAAGUUAUCUAUGACAUCAUUUACUUCAAAAUUGUAUCAUCGUCAUCUUACAGAUCUUACGCAAUAUUCACUCAUGAAAGUUAAUCCAAAUAAGAACCAUCGAAGCGCAAAAAAAAAUUGACCCAUUUCAAGAGACUGAAAAUUGAAAAGGACCCUCAAAACGGCCCCAUUUUAUUUUUAACUGGCAAUAAAAACCUGGAAAAACUAGCAAUCUUUCCCCGGGAAACGUCUGAUAAAUAAUUUUCAUUAAAGGGUGUUAUAUAUAUUAGAAUUAAACUAUUGAAAUAAAAGAAAGAAAGAAAGACAGAAAGAAAGAAAGGAAAGACGACGAAAGAAAUAAUCAUGGUAGUUUUGAAUUAAGCAAUGAAGUUUUAAGUAACUGCGAUAAAUACAGUUGGAAAAAAGCCAGUGUUGUUUUGAAAGGAAUGUAGUAGGUUUCAGCCCAACUGCAUUCCAUUUUGAUGAAACCGUUAUGUCUGUUUAAACACUGUUUACUGUAAAAACUGAACGUCUACCACGACUAUAAGUGCAGGGUAGAAAUAAAGUAAAUAAUCUUAUUACGAAAACCCAGCUGUCCACUGAUCGACUUUGUUUAAGUUUAAGGGGCCUGUUGUAUUCAAUGCAGUCUCGCUAAGUUUAACUAUUUCCCUGGGAGUACUAUUUGAAAAGAACGAUACAACUUUUACAAAAAAUGGCAAUAUAUUCGUCAUUUACAUCAUUUAAAUUGGCAACAACAGCGAGCUUUAUCAAUCAAUGGCCAGUGCUGUAUUCACGCACACUUCUUUUCUUAAAUUAAAACUCUUCUUAAAUUAAAAUUUAAGCUAGGCGAGUGAGACAUUGUCGGGACGCAUAUACUGUUGUUACAUUUUGUAUGAAAAAGAGGAGAUGACGCGACGGACAUCCUAAUAAUUACCAAUUUCAUUGUUUUUUAUUCAGAGAGAUAAAGGACAACCGCAGACGUUCACCAAGGAAUGUCUGAUUAUGGAUAGGAAUUUCCAUUAAAUGCUGUUUUAGUUUUUGGUAAAGUAAAAGGUUCAAAUAAAAUGAAAGAAAAAAGAAAGAAGGACAAAUAAUCAUCAUCGUUGUAAACGCAAUCAAAUGCCGAGGCAACAGCGAGUAAAAAUUUUGAAACCAAUAGGGCGGGUGAUGGAAUUAGUGCAUUGUAGGCAAGUUAAACGAGGGGGAAAUUUUUGUUAAAACCAUUUCUAUCGUUCUUUUCUACUGUUCUGUAAUGUUUUCUGCGUAAAAUAUUACCAAGCUAGCAGUAAGUGCAGACUAGGUCCCGCCCUCAAAAAGGAACAAAACAAAAUAAACUAAAAAGAACAUCCUCUUAAAACACAUGGCUAGGUUUAACUUAACAGCGGCUUCAUUGCUGAAUAAUCGGCCCCAGAGUUUCUAGGGGAUCCUGUUGAGUUACCGUUACACGAUUAAUAAAUUAGAAAUAAGUCGCUUCUGCAAGGUAGAGCCUUUCAGAAAGCGAUACUCAAAUUCUUAGUGUUUUCUAGGUUCUAUCAAACAAACAAAAAAAGAGGAGAGUAAUUAGUAUACUCUUAUCGGGGAAACGUUUAUCAAUAAUAAGAAUUUUAAUUAAUUAAAGACUGGCUGGCCUUGUCAAAAAAGGUGUUCUUUGAAACGUUUUGAGCUCAAACAAUUGGAAAACACUAAAGAAUUUAGAAUUAUUAAGGGCGAUAACUGCCAAUAAAAAGGCCUACCCUAAGUAGUAGCCACACUUUUUACUUUACUGAGUUGUCCAUACCAUCCGAAGAGAGCAAGGUGAGAAAACGGUAAGUUAGAUCUAAGAGUAACUGGUUAUAAAAGAAUGUUUACUUUUUAAGAGUGAUAUCAAGACCUGUUGAAAGAGUUUCUCCCGAAUAUUCUUGCAAAGUCUUACAGUUAAAGUUGUGAAUCUCUGAAAAGGGAAUGACGAUACCAAAAAACAACCUUCCUGCCAAAGGGGCGGUAACGUUACGAAGAUGGUUUAUCAAUGGAAAGCCAAAAGUGCCGCCUGGUUUCACCGGCAAUCACUGAUCAGUUGUUCCAGCCCAGUCACAUUUACACUGCCGCCAGGUUAGCUCAGUUGCGACAGCACCGGUCUGCCGAGCAGGAGGUCGUGGGUUCAAACCCCGUCCGUACCCGCCAACAACUAUAAUAGUCUUUAAAAUUGGUUAGAUCCUACAGGCUGUGAUUUGAGAUCUUGUCUCAGUUAAGAUGAUCGCGUCAUUUGGCGGUCACGUUCAGCUGUUGGCCUUGUCUACUCAGUUCAUCCUUCCUUCAUUAGUCAAUCCAAAAGGGACGUAAAAGUUCAAAAAGAGUAGGGGAACGCUCCCCGGUAGUGGGUCUGCCUGUCACGUAUUAUCCAUAUCAUAGGCUAUGGGUGGGUUACAGUCAUAAAUCAGUUGACUUGGAGGAAGUGAAAUGUUAGUUGCGGCUAGGCCUUGCUUUGACUAGUGUAUUUUUUAUUUCCCCACCAUGCCAAUUAAAUGCACAUUUCUUCAAUGCUUUUCAAUAGGUAUUCAUCUUUAUCUUACAGGUUGCAGAGAGAAAUAAACAUGCUGUAUCAACUGUUUAUCGUUUUGAUAGCAGCCGGAGCUGUGCAUGCGCAACUGCUGGGAUAUGUAAGAAUUGACAAUAUAACUGAAUAAUGUACUGACUCCUCGUUACUCGACGCAGUUAAAAAAACUGAGGCCAACCUCCGUUGCCCUUCUAUAUUUCUAUACACGUAUUUUCAAAUCUUCCUUAAAAAAAUUAAAAAUUGGCGUCUGUGCAACAUUACAUCACUUUAAGAGCACGACGAGAAUUAAGUUGAUGUCCUAGUCCAACAUAAAAAAUCGGUAUAUUCAUUCCAUUGUUGAUAUUGCGGUUUUCUUUCUCUAGCUAGACUCGCGUAUCUUAAGUUUUUUGUUUAUCAUUAAUUCUAUAUAUUUUGUAUUACAUUUUAAUUAUUCAUGCUUCUGAUUACAAUNCGGUCUGCCGAGCAGGAGGUCGUGGGUUCAAACCCCGUCCGUACCCGCCAACAACUAUAAUAGUCUUUAAAAUUGGUUAGAUCCUACAGGCUGUGAUUUGAGAUCUUGUCUCAGUUAAGAUGAUCGCGUCAUUUGGCGGUCACGUUCAGCUGUUGGCCUUGUCUACUCAGUUCAUCCUUCCUUCAUUAGUCAAUCCAAAAGGGACGUAAAAGUUCAAAAAGAGUAGGGGAACGCUCCCCGGUAGUGGGUCUGCCUGUCACGUAUUAUCCAUAUCAUAGGCUAUGGGUGGGUUACAGUCAUAAAUCAGUUGACUUGGAGGAAGUGAAAUGUUAGUUGCGGCUAGGCCUUGCUUUGACUAGUGUAUUUUUUAUUUCCCCACCAUGCCAAUUAAAUGCACAUUUCUUCAAUGCUUUUCAAUAGGUAUUCAUCUUUAUCUUACAGGUUGCAGAGAGAAAUAAACAUGCUGUAUCAACUGUUUAUCGUUUUGAUAGCAGCCGGAGCUGUGCAUGCGCAACUGCUGGGAUAUGUAAGAAUUGACAAUAUAACUGAAUAAUGUACUGACUCCUCGUUACUCGACGCAGUUAAAAAAACUGAGGCCAACCUCCGUUGCCCUUCUAUAUUUCUAUACACGUAUUUUCAAAUCUUCCUUAAAAAAAUUAAAAAUUGGCGUCUGUGCAACAUUACAUCACUUUAAGAGCACGACGAGAAUUAAGUUGAUGUCCUAGUCCAACAUAAAAAAUCGGUAUAUUCAUUCCAUUGUUGAUAUUGCGGUUUUCUUUCUCUAGCUAGACUCGCGUAUCUGAAGUUUUUUGUUUAUCAUUAAUUCUAUAUAUUUUGUAUUACAUUUUAAUUAUUCAUGCUUCUGAUUACAAUAAGUAGCCGGACUUAUAAUUCCAUUAUAUGAACAUCCCCACCCGCAUACCAGCCCACCCUCCUACACUGGACAUUGCUACUUGUGUGACAUUUUUGCUUUGAUAUCCUCGAAAAAAUACACCUAAACUCGCCAUAAAUAUUAUAAAAGGGGGAAUUAAUAAUAAUAAUAAUAAUAAUAAUAAUAAAGUAUUUAUCCAGGAUAAUUUCAUCUGCCGCUCUCAAUGCAGGUCCUGCUACUGAUUGGUAUUUAUUUAUGUGUGCCCAAGCUCUUUGCAUUAGUGAGCGCGUAAAUCAUUAAUUUAUUAAUCCCGUUUUCAUACACAGCAAGCUACUGGCCAAGCUUCUGCUAGAAAAAGAGAUCAAAAGCAGUUUGGGGCAAACAUUGGUACGUAAGGAUGAACUUACUAAACCCAAGGAAUUUUUCCUGUUUUUAUACAGAAAGGGUUCAAAAUGUUCAUUGAUUUAAAAUAAAAUUGAAUUGGGAGGAUUGCAAAUUUCGUUUUGCAGCCACCUAGAAUUCCGGAAUAUCUUUUGGUGCGUUCGAGAUUUUAGAGUGCGUCUAUCAGCCUCCGGCGUGUCUCCCCCGACAUCGCUCAUUCGCUGAUGGCAUAAUACAAGAAAUUCCUCGCUACCGUCAACCCUAUUGUCAAUGCUGAAACACUAAGAAGUUCUCAGCUUUUUUCAAGGACCCAAGUUUAUUCACUUGGCAACGAAGUCAUCAACUCUCAAUCCCUUUCCUCCUUUGAGAAAACACUAACACUAAAGACCACUAAAAGGGUCAAAUUAUAAAAGUUAACUCUGAAAACCGAUCUUAAAUCUUUUGUACCCUUGACUUUACGCCAUCUUGUUUCAAUUGACGUAAACAGCUGUAGCCCGUAGUUCGAGGAGGCCAAACCUCUCUUAAGCUCCUACAGUUUCUGUUAGGUCUCCUCGCCACUUCUUUUUCCUACUUUAAUUAUCUUAUACUAUUUGUAAUUUUAAUUAUUGCGCGGCAAAUAAACCAAUAAGAAUUUCUUGCAGAAUUGGGACCCUUUGAACUGGAUGGGCAACAAGGCGUGGAGAUGAGAGGCAAUAAAAUGGUUGUUAGUCAGACUGGGGUAUAUUAUGUGUACGGACAAGUCCAUUACAUCCAUCUUAACGCUAAAGGCCAACUCUACAACCGCUGCAUUCUCUACGUGAACAACAAGCCUUUUCGGUAUCUUCAGAAGGGUAUGGAUGGCCGGGCUGAUAUUGGCAAUGUUUAUUCAGGUGGGCUGAUUCAUCUACGAUCAGGCGAUACCAUCAGUCUCAAGACCCAGCAACCAUCAAGAAUCAACUUGGACCCCAGGGUGACUUUCUUUGGCGCUUUCAGGGUUGGGUAUAAUUGUGAAGAAUGCAGCGUUGUCGUUCCAGAUGUUAAAAGUUAUUACAAUAAAUACUCGGGCUAG